CCCAAAAACAAACCAGAAGAAGGUCGCCAUUUUUGAAAUUCGCAGCAGGUUUGUUGCAGCGCAAUAUUUGAAUUAAGUCCGGUUUAAUUUAUUUAAAAGUGAAAUAAGCUGCAUGGCCAACCGAAAUAUGCACCAAGCGAGGAUGCCUGGUGCUAACUCUCCUCAGCCGGGGAGGAGAGGGACGGACUCCCCGGCCUCGUCGGAGCCGACGCCGGCGAACAAAGGCAGUCCGGCCCCGCCGCAGCAACAGUCUCCCGCGGCCGACCAAAGCGAAGGAGCCGCGGAGGAAACGGGGGAAUGCCCGUCGAAAAUGACUCUGGAUAUAGCAAGUUUUCGGAAGCCCGGAGAGAAGACGUUCACCCAGCGCUCCCGCCUCUUUGUCGGCAGCCUGCCGCUGGACAUCACGGAGGAGGAGUUCAGGAACCUGUUCGCUAAAUAUGGGAACAUUAACGAGGUGUUCAUCAACAGGGAGCGGGGAUUUGGAUUCGUUUGCUUGGAAACCCGAACUCUGGCGGAGAUUGCUAAAGUCGAGCUGGACGGGUCGGUUCUGAGCAACAGAGCACUAAAGGUCCGCUUCGCGACGCACGGAGCCGCACUCAAAGUCCGCAAUCUGCUGCCAGUGGUGACAAACGAACUCCUUGAAGAAGCGUUUUCUCAGUUUGGACCUGUGGAGCGGGCCAUUGUUGUGACGGACGACCGCGGCCGUUCCACUGGGAGAGGCAUCGUUGAGUUUGCAAGCAAAGUCGCCGCCCGUAAAGCCCUGGAGCGCUGCAACGAGGGAGCGAUGCUGCUGACGACUACUCCAUGUCCCACCAUCGUGGAGCCAAUGGAGCACCUGGACGAUGAAGAUGGUCUACCUGAAAAGAUUCUGCCAAAAACUCCAAAGUAUUACAAAGAGCGGGAGCAGACGCCCCGAUUCGCCCAGCCUGGCACGUUCGAGUUUGAAUACGCGUCUCGCUGGAAAGCUCUGGAUGAGAUGGAGAAGCAGCAGCGGGAGCAGGUCGACCGAAACAUCAAGGAGGCCAGAGAGAAACUGGAGGCGGAGCUGGAGGCCGCCAAAAACGAACAUCAGCUCAUGUUGAUGAGACAAGAUCUAUUGAGACGUCAGGAGGAACUGCGGCGGCUGGAGGAGCUGCGAAAUCAGGAGCUGCAAAGACGAAAGCAGAUAGAAAUGAGGCAUGAGGAGGAGCGAAGGAGGAGAGAGGAGGAGAUGAUGAGGCACAGGGAGCAGGACGAGCUGAGACGGCAGCCCGACGGCGGCGGCUUCGUUCCAAACUACCAUGAAAACAGGGAACAGGAAAUGAGAGUGGGUGAGCUGGGCCCUCGUGGAGCCGGUAAUAUGGGAGAUGGGUUUAACCAGGCCUCUGGAGGGCCCAGUGGUAACCAGGGGCAAAUGAUGGGCGGGAGUGGAAGGGGAGGAGCCAUUGCCCCAGAGGGAACGUCAAAUAUGGGGACACCUUUGAUGUCAGAGAAUGGAGCCAUGCGUAACGAUAGGUACUCUCAGGGCGGAUCAAUGGGCGGUCGAUCGGAAGUCGAGUCCCCAAAGCAACAGCAGCAGCCAUUGGGGCCUCAGGGUGGACCAGCUCCCGGAUAUAGCAGAGGCAGUCCAAGUCCAGGAGUCUUUGACGGCCCAAAUAACAAACGCCGGCGAUACUAACGUCUUAACGGUUCUCAUAUGGAUCAGCAGCCAGUGCAAUUUCUUCUUUUUCUACCCAUCACCAUCAUGACUCCAAUUUUUUGGACAACAGAGUGGCAUGUUUUUGUCCGUUUGUGGAUUGACUUUUUGAUUGUUCUACCAGUUUUCAGAAGAUUUGGAUGAAAGUCUUCGACCUUGUCAUUGCAAACACACACAUAUUGGAAAUUAAAUUAUGCAAACAGUUUUGAGUCGGAAUAUAACCUCAAUUGCUUUCUAAGGUGGAUUAUUUUAAAGGUUCAGACUUUCUGCUUUAUCAUUCUCCACCUGUCAAAUAGAUGUUUGCUAAGCAAAAGCACAGGAGGUUGAUUAACUCACAGUUAUUAUUGCUUUUUGAGUGUUUCACUAAUUUCUCCCAUAGGUCUGGCCAAUAUUUGUCCAGACCCAUCUGCUAGUAAACUUUGAUCAUGUGAUUAAAAAGGAAACAAAACGAGGUCCAAGAAAAAAACUGGUUAAAAGAACCAGGUGCUGGUCAUUUCACCCCAGGCCAUUUUAUUUUUAAUAUUAAGUAGUUACAAUAUGAUUCCAAGCACCGGCAGUAGGUCUGUCCAUGCCCACAUCGUUCCUGACACUCAGUCUCACUUCCUAGCAAAAGCAUAUUUGCUAGGAAGUAAAUAUGCACUGAUUAAAACAAUGUUUAAGGGUUUAUAUUUAAAAAUAUGGAUAAUAGGUUUCAGUGGAAGUCUACGUCAACACAUUGCCUUGAGAUUUCAGUGAGAUUUGUUCUUUUAGACAAACUUUUCUAUAUUUUAGCAUUCAUUUUUCAUUUGCAAAUUUGGGCAUAUUCUUGUUGUUUGGAAUAUAAAUUUUAUCCAAGAAGCUUUUAUGAUGUCAGCAACAAAUGAGUUUUUUGCCUUCUAGUUUUAUGCAUAAUUUACAAAAUCUAAAGAAAGACAGUAAAAUGGAAUCAUGAGUAAAAUUAAAGAUUUUUAGCAGUAUUUGCUAAAUUAACAGCUUCCACAGAGCAAAAUGGAAGUAGAAUUAGAAAUCUGGCAAAGAGGUGAAUUGGUACUGUCAGAAUUUAUUGCCAUGUUACAAACUAUUUAGUUAAUUUUAUUAACAUUUCUUACCAGCUUCUGGACAGCAACAUUUUUAAACUUGAAUGAAAAUGUCUUUUGUUUAAAACGGACCGUACAGUCGGGCUUUGGUGCUUUUUAAAAUUUUGUUUGUGUGCAGAAUGUGGAGUCUGCAAGAUUCUUUUAUCGGUCAACUUUACACUUCCUGCAGUUGGUCUUUAUAGAUUUUUAAAAUAAGUGAUUAUUAUUAACUGUAGAUGAGAAUAAUCACUUGAACAGGAAUAUGGUGUGCUGUACUAUUGUUGUGGAGAUUGUACAGUUGUACAAUGACAAAGCGAGAGCGUAUUUGCAUUAUGAAUGAGAGAAGCCACAUGUAGUCACUAAGUAGUCACAGGCUUUAUUUACCUUUAGUGAUUUUGUUUAUCCAGUGCAAUGAUUACGACAUCUUGAACUCGUCAGAAGUUGCUGUGGGUUAGAAAUCUUGCAAUUAAAAGGUUUUAAAGCGUUUUUUUUUUUUUUUUUUAAGUAUUUGUGUUUGUUACUUUCUGAACCUUUUCCAUAAGAGUGAGUACUGUAAAAUCCUCCUUUUAUUUGUUUUUUUGGAUUUUAUUUCUCCUUAUUUUUUGCUCAGAACUACAGGAAAUGUUCUGUAGCUUUUGUACAUCUUGUACUUGAUGGUCAAGAGAAAUAAAAUGGUUUUUUGUCUUUAUUUAACCUGAUGAACAAUAAAUAUCAUAUCCAUCCUUUAAA